AUGUCCAGAAGGAACCCCAAUGACUUGGAUGCCUGGAUACUAGGCAGCGGCAUUGCCUCCCUGACAGCUGCCGUGCAUCUAAUCCAAGAAGCCCACGUCCCCCCUUCACGCAUCCAUAUCAUCGAGACUCUCAACGUCGCCGGCGGCACAACAGCUAGCCUCGGCGAUACAGAAAACGGCUAUGACUUUCGCGCGGGAAUGCGCCCGCAGUUCAAUGACCUAUGCAUGGGAAAUCUACUAUCCUUGGUGCCAUCGCUUUCAGAUCCGGACCGUAACGUGCGCGACGAGAUAUUGGAAUUUGCGAAAACACUCGAUAUCAAGCCCGCCCUUGAACAGACGCGGUUUUUAUCGAGAAAGGGCAACAAGGUGAAUGCUGUGAAGGGGAAGAAGAUGGCACUCGGCGUCCGCGAUCGUAUCGACCUGGUCAUACUUGCGUCCAAGUCGGAGAAGGCCCUGGGCAGAUCGAGGAUAUGCGAUUUCUUUUCCAAAGGUUUCUUUCGCAGUGGUUACUGGCUGAGCCUUGCUACGACACAAAUGGAUAGGUUCGGCCUGAAGCCCUCACACUCCGCGUCCGAGUUCCGACGAUACCUGCACCGCUUCAACAACCUUCACGACCUGUCAGACCCGCAUCUACUAGACCUUGGAAAAUACAACGUUCACGAGUCCAUCAUCGUCCCCAUUGCGCGUUUUCUGCUGAGCCGGGGCGUAGACUUCCGUUUCAGCACAACGAUCUGCGACAUUCUCUUCGCGCACGAUAACCCAGCAGACCCAAACGAGCCCACUCGAGUCACAGCAAUCCAGACCUCCCCGGCAAUAGAAGGCAAACCUCGGUCCUCAAUCUGUUCAAAGGACGAAGUAACCAUCAACUUGAACCCGGACGACAUCGUAAUCGUCUCUCUGGGCUCAAUAUUCUCCUCUAUGCUCACGGGAACAAAUGCGCAACCACCGCCAGUUUUUGACCCGUCCUCGCUCUCGCUCUCCCUGGACCCAGAAACAGAACCCAACACCGAAUCCCAGCGCGACUCAGGCAUUGAGAUCUCCCCCGAGCUCGAUGAGAAUUGGCUCCUAUGGCUGGAACUUUGCACGAAACACCGCAAGUUUGGGAACGCGUAUAACUUCUGCACGAGAUUACAUGCCUCGCGCAUUGAAUCGUUUACGAUGACACUUUCUUCGACCGAGCUGUUUGAGAAGCUAGCUGAAGUUUCGAAUACGAGACCCCUGCCUGGCCCUAACACGAUCCUGACGCUGUCGGACUCGACGUGGCUCGUGACGCUCCGAGUCCCUACACAACCCGUAUUCAAGGACCAGCCUGAUGGAAUCCAGGUCGCGUAUGGGUAUGCCAUGGCCCCCGAAAAGAACGGAACAUACAUUGCAAAGCCGAUGCUUCACUGCUCCGGCCGAGAAAUCCUAUCUGAGGUCCUGGCGCAUCUGAACAUCCCACCGGAGAACCCCUCGCACGAGCGCAUACUUAACAGCGCGAUCACAAUCCCGUGCAUCCAGCCCCGCGCCACAGCGACGUUCCUGCCAAGGCAUCCGACCGAUCGACCCGCUGUCAUUCCACAGGGGAUGAGCAAUAUGGCAUGCAUCGGGGCGUUUGUGGAGAUCGGCGAUGAGGUUGUUGUCACGGCGGAUUAUAGUGUGCGCGGGGCGCAGAUUGCGGUUAGGGAGUUGAUGGGUGUUGGGAAGGGGGCUGAGGGGAGUGCCAGGAGAAGGAGUAAGAGGGGAUCUGCGGUGGGAUUGUUGGGGUUGUGA